UUCCGGCCCAUAAAACAUGAGCAAGGUUUUUAUUAAUGGCGGAUUGAAAUGAACUUUGGGUUUUCCAGGGGCCGCCUCUAUUCCCAAUUCAACAAUGAGUGCUCCUCCCAAUAAGCCCCUCGUAGAGAUUGACGACGACGACGCGAUGAUGACGCCGCCGCCGGCCGAAGAGAACGGCGACCCUGAUAGCAGACAGGACCGAGAAGACUCCCUCGUCGCUCUUAUCGAGCACCGCACUCGGGAAGUCGAACACAAUCGCCGGAAACUCGUGUAUUACCAAGCCAAGCUUGAGGAAGCAGAGAAGAGGUUGAAGGAGUCUCAAACUAAAUUGGCUAGACUUAGAUCUCAAAACAAGUCAGUGUCGUGUAAGGCUACUCCCAAUAGUGGAAUUAAAGGUGUAAAGGAGGAGCGCAGAUCAAUGAGUCCUGUCCCUUUAAGAAGCCAGCCUCAAUCUAAAACAGAACUUUUAAUUCCAGCGGUCGCUCCAAGAGCACCUCCGAAAGUGGCAGGAUCCUGUGGGAAGGCUCACGUUAGUUCUAGUCCUCAAGCCAGUGCUUCAGUUUCUAGUCAGUCUAACAGUGCUAGCAAAGAAAAAGGAGAUAAGUCUCAUAAAAGUUCGUCAAAGCAGAAUGUUGAAGUUCAAGAUAGAGGGACAAAGCGGAAAUUCGAAGAGAAAGAACAUAAAGAAUUAAUUCCAAUGGUCCGUGGUAGCUCCAGACCCUCUAUAAUCCAGUGCCAUUCAAGCAAUCAUAUAUCCAGUCAUCACAAGAGGAAGCUGAGAUGUCUUUAUUCGUGUCCUGUGAAUGAUCAGCUUUUUGCAACCAGUGCUUUGGAUGGACUAGUCAACUUGUGGGAAGUUCAAGGCAGAGGACACGGUGCUUCUCUACUUAGUACUUCAGAUUGCCAAUCCACUAAACGAAGAUGGCCAGAAGAUAUUGCCUGGCAUCCCCAUGGAAACAGCCUAUUUUCUGUGUAUACUGCUGAUGGUGGGGAAUCACAAGUAUCAGUGCUGAAUCUAAAUAAAACACAAGGGAAACCUCGUGUUACUUUCUUGGAAGCCAAGCCUCAUGUGAAAGGAAUUAUUAACAGCAUAGUUUUCCCUCCGUGGGAGGAUACCUGCUUUGUCACUGGUGGUAGUGAUCAUGCUGUCGUACUCUGGAAAGAGACAGAUGCAGAAAAUGGCUGGAAACCUAAGCAAUUGCAUAGGAGUAUACAUUCAUCUGCUGUCAUGGGCGUUGCUGGGAUGUGGCAAAAGCAAAUAAUUCUAUCUGUCGGAGCAGAUAAGAGGAUUGUUGGUUUUGAUGCUAAUGUGGAAAGAACAGAGUUCAAGCAUCAGAUAGAUAGCAAAUGCAUGAGUGUUUUGCCAAAUCCUUGCGACUUUAAUCUAUUCAUGGUUCAAGCAGGCACCCACGAGAAGCAGCUCCGACUUUAUGAUAUCAGACUCAGGCAAAUAGAGAUACAUGCUUUUGGGUGGAAGCAAGAGAGCAGUGAUUCUCAGUCGGCUCUGAUAAAUCAAGCUUGGUCUCCUGAUGGUUUGUACAUCUCAUCCGGUACUGCUGAUCCUAUGAUUCACAUAUUUGAUAUCAGGUAUAACGCUCAGAAGCCUUCACAAUCCAUUAAAGCUCAUCAGAAACGGGUUUUCAAAGCUGUAUGGCUCCACACUAGCCCCCUUCUUGUUUCUAUAUCUUCUGAUCUGAUGGUUGGUUUACACAAAAUCUCAUAGACUCCAGCCAGCAGCAGAUACUCCCCCACCACCUCCUCUGGAGGAACUAAUCCUUCAUAUUGUGUUCCUCAAUCGGAUUGGUAUGGAAUGCGGGGUUACUUGUUUCUUGGGGGGAACAGGGCAUUUUGUAAGAAUUGAGCUGAGUGCUGCUGAAAUGUUGGGGGGAACUGUGUGUAACAUUUUGAGGACAUGAUACUACGGCCAAGUAGAUGAGUAUAUAUGGGAUUCAAUUUUUGAGGAAACUCGGCAUGUUGGUGGGUUCAAGACUUUAAAGUAACCCCUUCCCGACAUGAUUCAGCUGCUGGUUGCUGCAUCCAAGUAAAAGAGUAUGAACAGACCAUAAGAAUAAUACGAUAUGUUUUUUAGAGUCGA